UCGCUGACCGGGGUGGAUCACAGAUCAGACACACAGGGCCAUGGAGCAACAGCAGCAGCACCAGCAGCAGCAGCAACAUCAGGAUGCCGACUCCCCCGUGUAUGCCAACUACGAGGAUAUGCGCAACUCGGGACCGAGCAGCUCUACCGCCUACAUGAUCAACAUGGGUCCUGGAGCACCACCGCAGGUGGGCCUGAACGACCACUCGCCACCGCGGAAGCGUUCCGCUGUGACGCAACAGUAUCGCGGCUUCAAAACAUCGGAGAAUGAACCGAGGGGCUGCAUGGAAUGGGUGGUGACGAUUCUCUCGGUUCUUGUCUUCAUUAUCACGUCCCCCAUUUCGAUAUUCAUCUGUUUCAAGGUUGUGGCGGAGUACCAGCGCGCCAUUAUCUUCCGCCUGGGUCGCCUCAGUGGCGGCGCCCGGGGUCCGGGCAUGUUCUUCAUCCUGCCGUGCAUCGACGAGUACCGCAGGGUGGACCUGAGAACCGUGACCUUCAAUGUGCCCCAGCAGGAGAUGCUGACAAAGGACUCGGUGACGGUCACGGUGGAUGCAGUCGUCUACUAUCGCAUCAGCGAUCCCCUCUAUGCGGUAAUCCAAGUCGAGGAUUAUAGCACCUCCACUCGCCUGCUGGCCGCCACCACGCUGCGCAACAUCGUGGGCACUCGAAAUCUCUCCGAGCUGCUCACUGAGCGUGAAAUCCUCGCCCACACCAUGCAGUCCACACUGGACGAGGCCACCGAGCCAUGGGGCGUUAUGGUGGAGCGUGUGGAGAUCAAGGACGUCUCUCUGCCCGUGUCCAUGCAGCGUGCUAUGGCCGCCGAGGCGGAGGCGGCCCGCGAUGCCCGCGCCAAGGUUAUUGCCGCUGAGGGUGAGAAGAAGUCGGCACAGGCUCUCAAGGAAGCAUCCGAUGUCAUCUCCUCCAGCCCGUCAGCCCUACAGCUGCGCUAUCUGCAAACGCUGAGCAGCAUCUCUGCCGAGAAGAACUCCACGAUUGUGUUCCCUCUGCCAAUGGAACUGCUCACGCCAUAUCUGGCCAAGUACGCCAACAUGAUGCCGCAGGUGCCACAAGUGCCGCCACAGUCGAAGGAUAAAACCGCUGAUGGCACGCUGAUCGACGCGCUGGCCGCCUGGCCGAAGACCCAAUUGUAAAGCCGUUUAAUCCUCGUAUAACCAUGCAUUUCGUUAUCCUUAAUCUUUGGUGUUUACAACAAAUAAACAUUCUCCUGUGCCACGGCAAGGGCCCUGGCAGCCGCUUC